AUGGGAACAAAAGAAAUUUCGGUUGGGGAAACUAUACAGUGGCAUGUCAUAAAUGGGACAGAUUUACAUUUAUACCAUGCAUCGGAAUCGGACAAUUGUGAAUUGAAGCUAGGCAUCCCUCUUGCUGUUCCCUUCUCAUCUUCUACACAAACACCGGCUCUACUCCACACACCAUCAUAUUUCAUUAAUAACCUUGCAACCCAACAUAGUUCAAGACCUGAAACCCAUGACCAAAAUAAUUCACAGAAUAAAAAACACAGUCUUAGCCUCAUGGCAGAAAAUGAAGGGAACGCACCUCAGAAUUCUGAUGACGUGGAUGUUGAUGAUGAUGCAUGUGUUCGGGGUCAUUAUGCCAUGAAUGAGAAUGCAAAAGAUUCAUCAUAA